CAGUCACGUGAGGCGCUAAGAUGGCGGCGUCCCAGCGACCAAGUUGGUCCGAGUCGAAGGUUGCUGGUGUUGUGCAGGAGGGAAAUAGGGAAGCACCCCAGGACAUCAAGAUGGCACUUUAUAAACAUGGUCAGCUGAUUCCUUCCCUAGGAGAUGCAAAGUUCAGAAGCCCGAUAAUCUCUGAAAUUAUAGAAAAGAAGUUUGAACAUUAUAGAAACGACAAGACUUUAAAUAUACAUGGAACUUUGGUCUUUGGAACAAGUAGUAGUUUGUCUGGCAUAAUGGCAAACUUAGUUUUCCGAAACAGUUUCAAGGUUAAAUAUGAAGCUUUGAAGACCUAUGCAUCCCUGACUACACUUCCAGUUUUGGCUACCAUCGUUUCUUACAAGCUCUUUGUAACAGAUGCUUUGCAAUCAGGUGACAUAAGCAAGGAAAGCUGUGUUCUGAGGAGCGCACUAAUUGGCAUGGCAUGCGGCGUUUCCUACCCCAGUGCUUUGGCUUUCUAUAAAAAUGGACGUUUGGCAGUUAAGUAUCAGACUGUUCCACUGCCACCAAAGGGAAGAGUUAUGCUCCAUUGGUUGCUCCUUUGUCAAACUGGGAUGAAAGCAAUGGCUAUUCCUCUGUUCUUUCAGAUAGUAAUGGGAGCUUUUACUGGCUUACAUCAUUACAAUAUAUGUGAAAAACCACGUGCAAGGCUUGUGCCUGAUGAUUAACCAAAGACUCCAUGGACUCCAUGGAAGCCGGUUCAAUGGCAUGAACUUCUUUAUAGACGGACUUUGCCACUGGUCUAAGAGGGAAAAGGAACUUUUGCCUGGCAUAUAUCAGACACUCAGUAAUUAUGAAUGUUAUAAAUGUUAA